GGGAGAGAGUCGGGUAGAGAAGAUAAAGGAAGGGCAGGGGGUGAGGGAGGAAGACAGACGAGUAGAGGGGACAGUGAGAGUCUGAGGAGAUAGAGGAGGGAAGAGCUUGAGACAGAUAGUGAGGAGACAGAAGGACCUGAACAGUUCUGGGUCACAGCAGUGCAUAAGGACGUCAGUCAGCAUUGAGCAGUGACACUCCAGAGACACUCAGCCCACAGCAAAAGAAUCACACAGCAAAGGCCAGUGUUGGUUUCAACAUGAAUUUGAAAUGAUAUGCUAUGGAAAGGAUAUGAGUUUUCCCGAAAAUGAAACCUGGCAGUAACUCUGCAGAAACCAAAAUACAGUCAAAUACAUUUGGGGCACAUGGAAAACAAGGAAAAAUUAAAGCUACGCUGAAGACAUUACAAAGAGGAACUAAUAAAGGAGACAGCAAACUGAAACCUUUUGCUGGAAAGGUGUUUUACCUAGACCUGCCUUCCAAUAAGUAUACUGAAAACUUAGAAAAGGAUUUACAAAAUUUGGGAGGGACAAUUGAAAAAUUUCUUAGCAAGGAUAUCAGUUACAUAAUUUCGAAUAGAAAGGAGGCUAAAUUUGUACAGGCUGCAGGAAAAAACUCUCCUGUACCAAGUCCUGAUUCUGUUCAGAAUGCUGGGAACACUUCUCCUCAUCCAAGCAGUCGGAGAGAUAGCUAUGAAGGAAGCACGCAUAAAACUUUGGCGACUAUAAGUCGAGGAAAGAGUUUAGUCAAGAAAGUUAUUAAGGAACAGGAACUUAUCCCUGGAAAUAGCAUCCUGUCGAAUGCUCUGGCAUGGGGAGUACGAAUACUUUACAUAGAAGAUGUAAAAAUUUACAUUGCAAGAAAGAAAGUGGCAUCUGGAGCAAAACCUGCCAGUGCUGUCAAGGGGGAGAACUGCAAUCAAACUGCCCAAGCUACCAGAUAUAGAACAAAGGCAGGAAGACUGAAGAAGCCUUUUAUCAAAGUUGAAGAUAUAACUCGCUAUUACAGACCAUUCUACCACCAGUUUGAUUGCUAUCCAGAGAUCAACUACCAUGGUCCAAAUCCUUGCAGCCCUUUUGAUGUUGAAAAGAAAAACAAAAGUGGUGAUAAGCAAAAUAAAGGAAAAACUAGCAGAAGUAAACACCAUGAAAUGUCUUGCAGUGAAAAGAAUCGCAGAAUGGAAAGAAAAAUCAUGGAAACUUUAAAAGAGAAAAAAAAAAGGGGUUACUGUGAAUGCUGCACAGUGAAAUACGACGACUUAAAAGCUCACCUGAAAAGUGAACAACAUAAAACGUUUUCACAGAGUACGGAGUUUAAUGUUGUGGAUCAAAUCACUUCACAAUUUGACUGUGACUUUGAGGAAUUCCCAAAAGUUAAAAUGAAAAGAGUGAAAUGCAGUGUUGAUGUAAACAAUCAAGUUUUCACUGUUGCAGAAAUGCAUGAAGAAUUUCAAAGAUCCUAUAAAGAAUACGUGGCUGGAACAAGAUCUGGAAUAAGUUGGAGCCUAAAGAAAAAUGAACUUGUAAGUGGAUGGGAAAAGAAAACAAGUAAUUUGACUGUCCAAGAAAAAGAAACUAUAUUCUCACGUACAAGUCAAACCAACUUAAAUCUGCAUUUAUCCACACAAGGGCAACCCAGUAUUUCUGACUUGGAAGUUAAAUCAUUUUCUGUUGAUAGUAAGAUUUGUGAAGAAGGUGCAGUAAAUUCUGAGAAUACAAGGAAGAACAUAACUCCACACUCCAGUUGGUCUGUAUGUCAAAGGCCGGAAGGAAGUUCUAUAAUUUCAAAGCUGUGUACAUCAAGAAAAUUGUGCUCCAUCAGGACACUAUCAGAAAAGGAAAAGUCUCAGUCUUUUACUGAAGAAUCAUCUCGUAAACUUCCAUUUGAUGAUGAUGUCCAUGGAUGUAUGCUAAAGAAGGAUACUAAUAUAUGUUCUGGCAGUCGUGAAAGCGAAUUAAGAUUACAGACAUUAGCAAAACAUUAUUUGCCGCAAAACCAUAAGGAGAUAGAAAGUCCGGCCCUUCAUUUUUCAAAGAAUUCCAGAAUUGAUCCUACCUCAUCUGCUCCAAUUGAAGAUACUUACGCUGGUUUGCAGAUGGAAUUAGAUUUUGGCAAAGACAACCGACUAGAGCAAAGAGAAGAAUUUGUAAAUGAAAUAGCCCCUCCAUUACAAUCUACUCCACAAAAACAAACUGAAGCGAGUUCUAAUCCUAACACUGAAGACACUUCAUUCUGUAUGAAGCUACAUAGGAGAGUAACAUUUUCAUCAGUGUAUGGAAGAAAUAAGAAAGCUCUGAAGGACAAAGUGGAGCUAAGGAAACUUGCCAUAAAAAACAGAGAGACUGAAAAUGUUGCAUCUCCAAGCUUGCCAAUGAAAAAAAUGUUGAAAUUAUUUCAAACCAGCGAAGAGAGUGGCUCAGAAUUUGGGGGCUUUGCAGAUCACUCUGCACAAAAAUUGUCAGAAACAGAAAGUGAUCUGUGUCACAAUCAGCCAGAGGAUGUCAUGUCACUCUUUGCCCAGACAUCAUCGUUAUCAUCUUUUCUUGGUUUUUAGUGCAAUGUUUCAGUAACAAUGUUUCUUUACAUCAAGAGAUUUUAGAUCAAAGCCCUUGAGUCAUGUACUGUUUGCUAAGGGGCUAGAAUUUUAACCCUCUUCCAGUUUUGACAGACAUCUAUCCAGUUCAGUUUUCUCAUUUGGUCAUUUUUAUGUGGAUUAUAGAAUAAGUUUGGGGAAUGAAAAAUAAUUACUGUACAACCCACCACAAUAGUCCAAUUAUACAUUCCUCUAUUUCGGCCUUAUCCAGUGUUUUUGCAGGUGUGAUUUAUAACACAAUUCUGAUCCAAUAUUAUUGUAAACUACCAAGUGUUAUCAAUAAAAUCCAACAGCAAAA